UUUGGUUGUGCUGUUUUUGCAGCUGGAGCAGCUGUCUCAAGAAGAAGUUGCUCAGAAGUCCUGCUGUGGGCGGCAGGAGGACGCACUGACUCAGCUAAGGGCUGUCGCUGGCACGUUAUCCUUAAAUCGGCCUCAUCAUCAAUUAAUAAUCACCUCCCCCCCCCCCCCGCUGGCGCGUCUGCCGUUGCGAGGGGUCAGUGACAGGAAGCGGUGGAUGAAGGGGGUUGUUAUAUGUGGGCCACAACGGGAUGUGGGUACCAACAACAACUGGGGCCUGCAUCCUUCUUUUCUGCUGCUGUACAUCACUGGAUGCUGACUGCUACCAAAGCAAGCCUUGUUUUUGGCAGGCGCUCAAACUAUCCAGGAGAAUAUACUGUAUAGGGGACAAUCUUGUAUUGUGCUCUGCGGGUGAUGGAUGGGUUAGCGGGUAGAAUCUUUUCCAUUUCCAGUCAUUCAGCCUGAACAGCAGGAUUUUAUAAACGAAAGAGCACACUCCCGAGGUGGAACGCUUACUUCCCUUCAAAGAGCCAUGGAGCCAGGCAGCAUUGAUAAUUUGUCCAUCCUCUACCAGAGCUCUGACUUCAUUGUGGUCAACAAGCACUGGGAUGUUCGCAUUGACAGCAAGAUGUGGUAUGAGAAGCUGACCCUGCAGAGCCAGCUGAAGUACCGUUUCCCAGAGCUGGCUGACCCAGACACGUGUUAUGGCUUCAGGUUUUGCCACCAGCUAGACUUUUCCACCAGUGGGGCCCUCUGCGUUGCUCUCAAUAAAACGGCUGCUGGUAGCGCGUACAAGUGUUUUAAGGAACGGAUGGUGACCAAGGCCUACCUCGCUCUGGUCAGGGGCCAUGUGAGCGAAAGCAGAAUGACAAUCCGUUAUGCCAUAGGCAAGAACACGACAGAGGGCAUGACCCACAUGAUGUGUAUUGAAGGGACAGAAGGCUGUGAAAAUCCAAAGCCUUGCCAGUCAGAGCUAAGCGUCCUUGAGCAUGGUUCAUACAGUGGUGACCCGGUAACUAAAGUGCUUCUACAGCCACUGACGGGCAGGACGCACCAGCUCCGGGUUCACUGCAGUGCUGCUGGACACCCCAUAGUGGGAGACUUCACGUACAGCUUUAAGAAGGACAGUGACCCGUACAGAAUGAUGCUGCAUGCCUACUACCUGCAGAUCCCUACCAGGAAGGAACUGAUUGAGGUGAGUGCCCCGGACCCCUUUCUGACCUCUCUGGAUAGCAACUGGGUCCCUCAACGUGUUGUGCACCAACUGGAUGAGAUGAUCCAGGAACUGAAGGACAAGACUAUCCGGGCAGAGGAAGAGGAGAGGAGCCAGGAAGCAUUGUUUAGUAGUGGAGGAGAGGAGAUGCCGAGCAAAACCAAGACCCUGGAGAGAGAGGAAGAACGAGCCAAGUGUGAGCAGUGGUUGGCGGAGUGGGCCUUGGCAUGAGAUGCUGCUGUUACUGUGCAUUUCAAGCCCAAUAUUCCAUUUACUCACUGUGGGACAUGACAGACAACCCCUCCCCUCCCCACCCCCCAAGGACCCAACGCCACCUCACGUCAGCACUUUUUUAUGCCGAGCUAUCUUUGAAUGAAUCCUCUGAGGGUCCAUUUCCGGGUCUGAAAUGUGACUUAUUUUAGCAUCAAGUAGAAUUUUGUUUUUCAUGAGUCAAGCUCCACCCCACCACUGGAUGCACUUUUCCUUGUUCUGCAACUCAGCUAUGGGAUUUGAAUGUCAUGUACCAUAUCAGAAAUGAGGCAGAUGCCCCGUUGGACUGCACCUUUGUAUUAGUGCUAAACUGCUGGGUGGGCGUCAGCAGAGCUGAUCCAUUUAUGAUGUUCAUGCAGAGAACGGUGGAGCUCCUUUCAAACCUGUAGAACUAAAACAUUGCCAAGAUACAAUCAAUUUAAAAGGAGUCGGUCAUGGAGGAGAGAAGGUGUGGACCUUAAGCCUUUCUGGGUGGAAUCUUUGGAUCUGCUUUCACUUCCCCAUUCCCACCUACUGAGUGAUCAUGUCCAUGCGCUGAGUCCUUUUAGCUAUUGCUGUCUUCCAGUGCAGGACAUAAAGAAAUAUCAUGCAGCAUUUUUCAUUGAUCCGACUGAAAGGAUGAGAGUCAUACCAACCAGCCAUGUGCUUUGCCAAUAAAUCCCUAUGUGGGUGAACCCCAGUUAAACAGAGCUGCUGGGAGGGUCCUCUAAUUGGAGUGUAGGACUCACUACCUUUCCCAAAUCUGCAUUUAGACCAUUUGUAUUUUUAAAAGGUUUUUAAUUGAAUUUUAAACUUUCUAAGGAAAUUUGACACGGAAUACAGUCCUUUAGCAGUCGGUCUCAGAAGUUUGUAACAUCACACGUCUAGUACGUUGGCACCAGUAGCAAAUUAAAAAUAUCCAGCACCCCAAAACUUUUUCCUACGGGUGGUGAGAUUUUAUUAGACCGUUUACUUAUAUGCUCCUUUUCUAAGAGCCUGCGCUUGCCUGGAGAUGCACGUCACUCCAUCUAUGACUGAAAAUGUGCUUUUCAGGCAAUUCUUAGCAGGAGAACACAAUCUUAAGUAAAUUCAUGAGACUCACUUUGUUCUCGUAAUGUCUGUGACAGGGCACUGCCUAGCUUUCACCACUAGAUCGUGCCAAACAGACCAUUUGUUUAAAUUGUUUUAGAACUUCAGCAGUGAGACUAGAGGAAAAACACAAAAACUAAAGGAAUGUUAAGGGACUGGUGCACACAAACCAUAGCAAGGAAGACUUAGACUCAAUGGCCCUGUUUUGGGAGAGUCAAGAGUUGAAGAGAAGUCUUAACCGAGAAUUUCCUUGCUUUGAAAAUCUCAUUCAAACCUUCAGUGCUGCUGUGCUUGCCAUUUUUGUGUUUUAAUUUUUUCCUUUUAAUGGUAGUUUUAAAAUAAUAGAAUAAAACUGUCAUGGAAUUCUGUGAGACAGUCCAUUGAUUAUUGGGACAAUAAACCACGAUAGCCCAUUCAAAUCUAUUGUGACCUGUGUAUCAUAGCUAUUUAUAUCGCACCAGUCACCUUAGUAUCUAAGAACUGAGCUUUCACAUCAGUGCUUGCCUUUAGGAUUCCUUAAUCCCCAGCCUAUUGUGCAUCUGACAGCGCACACUGUUCCAGUGUUGUUAUAGCCAUGCCAAUCCUAGGAUAUUAGCGAGGCAAAGGGGGUGAGGGAAUAUCUUUCAUUGGACCAACUUCCGAAAGAGACAAACUUCUGAGCUUCUACAGAGCUUUUCUCAAGGUCAGAGUAAAAGAUAUUACCUCAGCCACCUUGUCUGUUCCCCUAGAUGACAAAUACAUCUACUGGGAGAUGAAAAUAACUUCACCGCUCUCCCCAGGACAUGGAAACAUAAACAUUCUGCUGGGUCACUUAGCUCAUGCUUGGGUUUUGCCCCUCAGAAUGGCUCUGGCCACCUAAUUCCAUGGAUGCCAUUUGAUACAUCCUCAGUAUAGUCUCAGCUGCCAGUGUAAUGCAGGCAGGCUCGCUUGUUUCCGGCAGUGUAGCUGGGAUGUUCCCCUUCUGGAGCACAUGUAGCUCAGACUGACACACCCACUGGGAGAAGGAUUUGUGUCUUAUAGAAUUACCUCUCAUUGCACCAGUGGAUGCACGUAUGUGUCUGCAGUUUCCAGUAACUGUAUGGAAUUGCCAUGAAAUGGGUCUUCGAGAUAACAGUUCAUCAUCAGAGCUUUUGCUGCAUUAUUAAGAGAACCUUCCUCUUUGGCACUUUAUUGCUUGAUAUUUUGUGCGUGUGUUGCAGGCAGUUAGGGCCAGAAAAUACCUAGUGGGUCAUUAUUUUUCAUGGUUCUUCUCGACACUAUUCCCACUCAUAUCUGAAGCAGUGAUCCGCUGAUCGAUGAAUGUGAAUUGACCCUAAGGGACAGUCAUUAGGAGCAAAGCGUUCAGCAAAUUUUAGUAGCUAUAGGAAGCAAAGACUCUAGCUUGGUUUUGCUUUAGUAUCUGAACCUCCCCAUUGAGUAUCCUAGUUCAGCUGCUGCUAUUUUGCCAGGCAGGCAGUCUCAUCCAGUAGAGAACGUAUCUCUGGCUCCAGGGACUGCUGGAGAUUGUGUUAGUCAAAGGACGUGACGUGCAUCAGUUGGCUGAAGCAUGAUCAUAGGAGUCACGAUCUUGAGAAGCAAUUCAUGGAGUAGCAUUAGCAUUGGCUCAAGGCAGUCCUGAUUAUCAGCAUUACUGGCUGGAGGUGACACACUGCUGCUAUGCAGGCUAAUAUUAGCUGCCCAUUUGAAGGUGGACAGAAUAUUUGUGGAAGCAGAGGACCAGGGAUAAGAAGCUCUGUGGACAAAACCUCCAAGACUCUUAUCAAUAAUGUCUGCACCAAAGGUCCCAGUCUCUCCUACCUUUGUCACACACAUGCAGAGUGAAAGGAGAAAUAUAGGGAGUGGAGCCUGUUGGGAAGUAGCCUGAGAGAUUCCUUGAACUCUAAGCCAAUGAUGAGCACCAGUAUACUGAGUAAGUGACUUCCCUGAUCAGUGUGCAAAGGUGAAAUUCACUGUGGUGGAGAGAUCACACACAAAGUCCUCUGCAACACUUUUUAUGCUCUUCACGCAGGGCCUUGUGCAGGGCAUACACUGGGGUGAAUUGUGCCCUGUAAGAGAUUUAGAAAGUGUCUUCCAGCUGAGAUAUGCUCAGCAUAGAUCCUACCACCUCAGCAUCGGCAUUUGGCUCACAUUGGAGCGUGGCUGCCUGUGGGCCAUGAAGAUCUCAAUUUGUCUUCGCUGUCAUGACCCAGAACUCACACACAUACAUACACUCACACUCAAACCCGCACACAUACAGGCAAAGAGGAAAUUAAGCCAUUGUGCAGGCAACCUCACUGGUUAGGUGAGCGCAGCCUAGUGUUUGUUCGCCGGUUGAUGGACGAAACUUGUCCCAAAUGUUUAAAGUCUUGAAAACAUUCCAUCCAAAACCCUGUGGACCAAAUGUUGGUGCACAGACCACAGCAUCCCCUGACUGCUCUGCAUGCCCAAGAGGGUUUAGACUUUAUGUAUUGCACUUUUAUCCAAUGUUCCAGGAAUCAGAGAUGAAUAUUUUUUUCCUGAAAUUUUAUGAAUUGUGGAUUGAGAAAUAUAUUUUGCAGUAACACUUUCACACUGCUUCCACCCUGGAACCCUGUUGUACAGUGUUUGCUCUUCUUUAGAUCCUCAGCUGUGUUUAUCGUGUGGUAGAGAUUUGACAGUUACUUCCCUUGGGUAAUUUGCUAGGAGCCUUAAGUUGAUCUAUUUAUAUAUUUAUAAUGUGGUGUGGGUAGUUUUUGUGGGAGUGUUUUGUGACAUGUUGUAAACCUCAGAAUAAUCCUUGUUGUUUAUUGUUAAUGCAUUUGUGAACAUUCCUGUAAUAAACCACUAAGUGUGCAUUGUGUUU